AUGGCUUUAAGCGCCCAAGAUCCACUAGCAAGUGGCAACAACGAUGUGAUCCGAAUACGCGAUCGAAUUCAGAACAGUCCUGAAAUUGCGUCCUCUAGAGCUCCUUCAAUUCUAAUCAACCAUUACUAUUUAAUCGCCUAUACAAUUGUUAUUGGAGCUUACGUGUUUGCAUUUGGUGAAUAUUUGUAUUUUCGAUUGACGUCGAUAAUAUUCCCCGAGAAAGUGAUCUAUCAUUCGCUGUGUGAUAAGAAGCAUUCGGAAGUUGUCGGUAAAGAUGCUUUACAUUACGCCAUCAUUAUUGUUGCGUUCUGCUCGGUGGCAUUCUUUCAAAUUAUCUGUUUUUUUGGUUUAACGAUCUCAGAGAAAUGGACCAUUUGCACGUUACCUGAUAUUGAUAAUAUAGCUCAUUUAAGACACAAACUCGCAAAACAUAUCAAGAACACAAUGAAUAAUACUGUCUAUCCCACGUUCAUGAUAGUGUGGGCUGUGAUAUUUUACAUGAUCGGGGUGCGAGAUUCAGUAGAUGCAGUCGUGUCAUCAGUAUCACUAUAUGUAUUCGAUGUUGUCUUAUUCACUUAUUUCGUUUCAUUCCCAGUUAUCGUUUAUAUUUAUCAUCCUUUCGCUAGAAAAAGUGCUGCAAUGUUAUUCGCACGUAUGCACAAUACUAGCAAUGAUAUCAAUAACAACGAACGCUCACCGGGUGGUAACAAUAGGCUGUCAGUUCAAGAGCUGCGAGCCGAUCGAAGCCUAGUGGUAUCACUGAACGCUCGUUCACCGCCAUUAGCCAGUCCCGAGCUGUCGUUAUCACCCACUCCGAGAGUUUUAUCUGACAGUCACUUGUUACCGUUGUCUUCUCGAUUGUACACUUAUAAUAAUACGAACUGUAACAUCGAUGAGCAUGACUAUUACUCGCUUCAACAGAGUCAAUUUCGUCGCAAUGUCAGGAUUACAACUACUGUGUGA